UCAAACAAAUGUUACUCUGAUUUUAUGUUGCUGAUUGUUGCUUCGUUCGUAAUGUUCGCUAGAGAUCGAUUCUAUUUUGAGAUUGAAAAGUGAUACAGUUGUAAUAAGUAUUAUUUUUGUAAUACAAACCGUUUUAUGCAUCUAAUGCUUGAACGAUAUUCAUGUGCAUUUUAUCUAUAUUGACUCUCAAAGCCAAAAUGUGUAGCUGAAGUUCUACUGAGCCGGUUUUUGUUGCUAAUACCUAAUGGUAGCCGUAACAAAACAAAAAUAAACAUGUCUGAUGCUUGGGAAGAGAUCCAAGCUGUUAAAAGCAAAAGAAACAGUCUUCGAGAGAAGUUAGAGAAACGUAAAAAAGAACGACAGAAUAUCUUAAGUGCAAAUUUAGUUCCUGCUGAGAAAUCUGAAGGAUCUCCGGGUGGCGGGAAAGAGCGAUCAGCGGCGAGUCCAUCGACAUUGAAAAAUGAAGCAGCCCCAGCGACUACAGAAAAGCCAAAAGUAGUUCCAUCGGCGUCGCUGGAGGUUCGUUUGCUACAGGUCUUGUCCGACAUGCAGUUGCAACUGCCGGCGACUGCCAGUGCUCUGCUGCCUGGCCUAGGAGAUGUGGAUGCAGGAAUCGUGGCCAGCUUACUGCAGAAAUUCGCUACACAGAAGCUCAUAACGAUAAAGGAACGGACAGAAAGUACAACAGAUGCAAGCAUAGAGGUUGAGAGUGCAGAGUCUGUAAGACUAGCUGCUGUGCUUGCUGCUCUUAUGGAGGAGCAGAGCACUGGGAAUAAGAGAAAAGGUGAUAGCACUACAGAAGAGACUGCAAAUCCCAAAGUAUCAAAAACUGCAACAGAUGAGAAGAAAACAGCCAAAAAUGAUACAGAUAUUAUGUCGCUCCUGGCAAUGCCUUCGAGUCGUGAAAAAGCUGUGAAAAGAGUUGGUGAAGAGAUCAUGGACCUUCUGAGCAAGCCCACUGCCAAGGAGAAGUCUUUAGCUGACAAGUUCAAAAGUCAAGGAGGUGCUCAGGUGAUGGAGUUCUGUCCGGCGGGCACGCGCGGCGAGUGUUCCCGCGCGGCGGGCGCGGGCGCCGGGCCCUGCCGCAAGCUGCACUUCAAGAAGAUCAUACAACCACACACCGACGAGGCGCUCGGGGACUGCUCUUUCCUCAACACCUGUUUCCACAUGGACAGCUGCAAAUACGUGCAUUACGAAGUCGACAAUACGGAUCCCAAUGCAAACGCGCCCAAACCUGAGGCCGCGCCUAAAGGGGCACAUAAUGGAACUCCGGCCGCGCCAAAAGUGGAUGGCGUGUUAACACUGACGCCGCCGCAGUGGCUACAGUGCGACCUACGAUAUCUAGAUAUGACGUUCCUAGGCAAGUUCGCGGUGAUAAUGGCGGACCCGCCGUGGGACAUCCACAUGGAACUGCCGUACGGGACCAUGUCGGAUGACGAGAUGAGGUGUCUCGGAGUGCCGCAGCUGCAGGACCAGGGACUCAUCUUCCUGUGGGUCACCGGCAGAGCGAUGGAGUUAGGGCGCGAGUGCCUCAAGCUGUGGGGCUACGAGCGCGUGGACGAGCUGAUCUGGGUGAAGACCAACCAGCUGCAGCGGAUCAUACGCACCGGCCGCACUGGGCACUGGCUCAACCACGGCAAGGAACACUGCUUGGUGGGUAUGAAAGGCAACCCCGAGAAUUUAAAUCGCGGCCUGGACUGUGACGUCAUCGUGGCCGAGGUACGCGCCACCUCGCACAAGCCAGACGAGAUAUACGGCAUCAUUGAACGACUCAGUCCUGGUACAAGGAAGAUAGAACUGUUUGGUCGACCACACAACGUUCAGCCUAACUGGAUAACCCUGGGCAAUCAGGUGGACGGCGUGCGUCUGGUGGACCCCGAUCUGAUCGCGGCCUUCAAGAAGCGCUACCCCGACGGUAACUGCAUGGCACCGCCGCCUCCAGACCCCGGCCUCGCAUAGGGUAACAGUAAUGAGACAUGUGUAGAAAAACUCCGCGUUUAAAAAAGCAGGUAUUAUCUACCUUGUGGAAUUGAUAACUUUUUGCAAACACACUUAAAAUGACAUCUACACAAACAUAUUAUGUCUAUAUCCUUGCAACAGUCUUUGCAAAAAUUCGCUGCAGUUUGUUUUUGCAAAUGAGUGAUACCGUUGCCAAGUUGCAUGUUUGCUCGGAAAUGAACAACUUUUUCAAUAUGAUGUGUGAAUUUCGCUCGACUUUUAAACGGACAAACACGUUGUUUAUGAUUGUUUCUAUGAAAAAAUAAAGUGAUAACUUUGUUGAAUUCUUUAAUAAUAGUUUUAUAGACUGUCGUAAGUUCUUAUCUUGCGAUUAUUAAAGUUAAGACUGUGAAAACUAUAUUUUAUCCACUAUUUCCUGAACAUGAAAUUAUAUAUUUUUGUAUGUUAUUGUAAGCAAACAUUGUAUGUAAGUUAAAUAAAUUGUUAAGUUACUCUAAUUAUAGCAUAACUUAGAAAAAAAUGAGUAACCCAAUCAUGACCACAAAAAAGGCGAACUGUACAUAGUGUAAAUAUUUAGUGGUAAUAAAACAAUUUGGAUAUAAAA